AUGGUGGGGGAAGGGGGGAUCGGCAGGAGGACGCUGCGGUGGGCGGGGCGGGCGGAGCACCUGGGAGGGAUGCCGCGGGCGGCGGUGUUCCUGGCGGCGGGGUGCUUCGCGAAGGCCGUGGCCGCCCUCCUCAACUCCACCACCGUCCACAACGCCGACACCCUUCUCCGCCUCGUCGCCUCCCGCCCCCCGACCCGCCCCCUCCUCACCGUCAGCAACCACAUGUCCACGCUCGACGAUCCGCUCUUGUGGGGCUUCAAGGGCUUCCCCUCCGCCGACGCCGCGCUCGGCAGGUGGGUCCUCGCCGCCGAGGACAUCUGCUUCACCAACAUCUUCUAUUCCUACCUCUUUCGACUGGGUGACAAUUCUUCUCCUUCUUCUUCUUCUUCUUCUUUUUGGAUUACCGAUCAAACAAAUUUUGUUGGUAAGUUUAUCGAUCGAAAAUCAAAACAAAAGUUGCCGGAGUAUAGCUUUUAUGCAGAUCUCUUAUGAUGGUCUUCUCACAGGAUGAGUGUGUUAGUCCAUCCAUUACAUUACAUUAAAAAUUGAUAGGCUAUGUGCUGUCAUGUCAUCUAAUUACAUGUGUAGGAGUUAUCCGGAGCUGAUUAAGAUUCUAUAUGAGAGUUUGCGAGAGGCAUUUAGUGCUGUAGAGCUGACAAAUUUGCCUAUAUGUGGACUCGGACUCGGAUUUGGAUUUGUACUUUAUCUCUUCUUCUAAGACGUUUCCAGAUCUUGAAGCAGUUCGGCUGUUUAAUUUAUGGUGUGUGUGAGCUUGACGGACAACUGAAUAACUAAGAACAUAGCUAUUCUAUUUCUUGGUCUGUAU